ACGCCCCCCUCUCGGUUCCGUAUGUGCGCGUUUGUGUCACGGUCACCGCCGCUGCUUGGGUCGUGUGAUCAUGAGUGUGUGUCGUCGGUGGGGUCGGCGUUGUUUAUCGUGGUGGCCUCGGGCUUUGUGAACGUGCGUGAGCUCGCGACGGUGACGCUCAUGGCAGCAGCGACAGUGGCACCAGGAACAACAACAACCCGUGGUGGCGGCGAGCCGGCCGGAGACCACUGAGAUCGCCGAGACACUUCCUUAGGCUUACACUCGCACACGCUGGGCUGGGCCGACGAGCCUCCUUUCGCCGCGCAGCAUGGGGGACAGCGGCAAACCGACGGCGCGCCCGCCGAGCGCUCGGCCCGUGCCUAUGAAGCUGUUCGCCGCCUGGGAGGUGGACAAGACGACGCCCAACUGCAUACCCAGGCAAUGCUCAUUCACGCUGACCCGCUUGCUGUUGCUUCGGCCUCUUGGUGGCGAGGUUUCUGCGAUCAGCAUCGCUGUAAGGAUGCAGAGCUCCAAGCGGACGCUGCGCUCCAAUGACAUCCAGGUGCCGAGUAGCGGACUACUGGACACGGAGCUCGACCUCUCCUUCUCUCUUCAGUACCCGCACCUGCUCAAAGGGGGCGGCGGCGGUGCCAACCAGUUGCUGGUGACUCUACAGCGCCGCAAGCGGUACAAGAACCGUGCCAUGCUUGGCUACAAGACCAUCGCCACGGGUGCCAUCAACAUGGCCGAGGUGCUGCAGCGCCCGUUGGAUCGGGAGCUGGAGCUGCUCGCCUCGGAGGACACGGGCGGUGGUGGAGGGGGCGGCGCUGCUCCGGCCGCUGUGGGCCGAGUCCAGCUGGACUCCCUGAGCAGCCAGCCAGUGGAGCAAGAGCUCAAGGCCACUGGGCAGCACGACGCAGAGCGGUCAGCCACGGACGAGGAGUCGUCGUCGUCGUCCAAUGAGGAGGCAAGUGACAGCGAGGCAGCGGGUGACGAGCCGCACAAUGAGGAGGCCCUGCUGCGUUGUCGCCGGCGGUCAUCCCAGAUGCGCAAGAGGAACAUCAAGCAGAAGUUCAUUGCCCUACUGAAGAAGUUCCGGGUGCCUGACGCUGAGGCGUUUGGCACGGAUCCGGGCCUGGAGCAGGAACUCCUGGAGAAGCCUGGACUGCAGGAGCUGCUUCUGGAUGAACUGGAACUGUCGGAAGACGACAGCGGCGGCGCCGAGGACGACCUCAGCUUGUGCUCGUCGACGCCCAAGCCCAGCCUCAGGCCUUUCUUCUCCUCCGCCACACUGGUACCGCUUGGCGACGACGCGCCGGGUCAGGACUCGGACAGCAUACAGGACACGGACGAGGAGAGCCCACCCACCCAGGAGGCAGUGCCGCCACCACCCACACCCCGGGAAGAUGCGGCUGGGGUGCAGCGGGUCCUGGAACAGUUGUCACGCCUCCUGCCUCCCGAAGAGUCGGCGCUACCCGAGAAACUCAUACUGGCCGAAGCGCCACUGCCCCGGCCGCUGCCCUCGCUGCCUGUGCUGAUCCUGGGUAGUGCCGACCUGCGCGCCGCCUUCAGCGCCCUCGUCGGGCGGCUGCAGAAGUUCUGCCACUGCAAUGCGAGGCCCCCCGGCACGGUGCGCGUGGGAGUCCUUGGUUCGGAGGCCUUCCUGUCGGCACUGGCGCGCCUCUACGUCGAGCAGCUAUCGGCUAAGCCGCCCGAGUGGCAGGCCUACCUGCGGUUCUUCCCCAUGCCGGCAACCUCCUCUGGUAUGGCAAGUGGGCCCUUGCUACGGCACCUGUGUGCCGUGGACAACUGCUACGCCUCCCAGUUCUCGGAAGGCUGGCUGGACGAGGCUGAGCAACGGGCAGCCGACUACCUGUCCUCGGCACACGCAACACUCCAGCUGCCCAUAGCCGAAGCCAUGAUCAACCACCGGCCACAGAACAGCUCAGAAGAAGAAUCCAGCCAGGUGUUUGUGCCCUUCAUUAGUGACGUCAGGAUCGGUGUCACCGAAGGAGGAGGGGCAUCGUCGGUGGAUGUGGAGGAAUGCCUGGGCAGUUCUCCCCCAGCUGCCGAGAGCACAACACCGCCGUCAUCACCCAGUAUAGGGGGAACCGGCGUGGCCACUGCAGCUCAAAUGGCCAGCUCUGCAUCCGGGGGUGGCACAUGGAGUCCAUGUGAGGCCAUGGAACUCCAGCUGGACUACUGGACCCUGCAACGAAAAGGAGGCGCCGAACCCUGUCGUUUCUCCCUCAAGGGCACCUUCCGGUCACUGCAGGUGUGGCGGCUGGCAGUCUCUGAGAUGCUUGGCCCCUGCCUCAGUUUGAGCUAUGUCACAAGAGAGAAGAAGCAAAAGAUCAUGCGCCUGGGUAAGAAGAAGGAAGGUGAGCGGGAAGCGAAACGCUGCCAACAAGUCGAAGGCGUGCAGCGACUCAUCUGUUCGUGCCGCAACCUGCAACCGCCGCUCAGAGUGUCCAUCGAUGGUGUAGAGUGGACAGGCGUCAAGUUCUUCCAGCUGAGCGCCCAGUGGCAGACACACAUCAAAUACUUUCCCAUCGGCCUCUACGUCGCCCCCGAGCCGGCCCACUGACCAACCCACACCCCCACUCUUCCCUGCAUCCACCUGAUCCUGGCCCCUAUUUAUUGACUAGCCUAUUUAUUGCCUGCUCCUCAGCGCCUGUUAGUGUUGAUUGUUUCCCCACCCACGUGAUUCUCUUCUUCUUAUAUGCCGGUCUGCUGUUGUGUGUUUUGUACAGUGCUCUGGAAGCGUACGAUACGUCAUCCCAUGACCCCCGUGAGCAGCCGUCCAGUGUGCGAUGCUGCGAGCGGCGUAGUUAAGUGUGCGCAGCGCCGACUAUGGAAUCGAACCCUGUGUGUUUGCGCGAGGCUCGAUCUGCGCAAGGGCGCGCUGCCCACGUGCAGCUACGCACAAUAGCGAUUGAAUAAAAUGAUUGUGUACAUUA